UCCAAAAAGCACCCUAGCAGGCUCUGGAGUAGCGAGAUGGUGGCAUGGCUCGUGCUGGCUCUGCUCCUGCACAAAGCCCCACAAACCAGAGCCCGUGCCACUGUGAAGGUGACAGGAGUGGUGGGGAGAGCCGUGUCUCUGGGAGUCGACGUCCCCCCAGGGUUCCAAGUCAGGGAUGCCAUCUGGAGGUACCUGGCACCAACAGAAGAGCUAGUGGCCACCUACUUCAGGGGCUCAGCGGAAACCCUGUACCAAUCCCGUUUCUAUGGGCGGAGCCGGCUCCACAGUAACCUCACCCUGGAGAUCGGUCCGGUGGAACUGGGAGAUAGCGGCACCUUCUCAGCCCUGCUGGUGAACACACGAGGACAGACAGAGACACGCGUGCUGCACCUGGCAGUCUAUGAAGUGGUUUCCCGGCUGACACUGCAGGUGUUCACAUCGGAGAGCAGUCGCAGCGGCUCUGCAAGGGUCUGCGAGGUGUUCUUGACCUGUGUGGCGGCCGGUGGCACCAACGUAUCCUACAGCUGGGGCAGAACAGAUGGCGAGAUGCUGAGCAUGGACAAGCACUCUCUCUUUGAGGCUGGCCUGGUCCUAUGGGCUAAGCUGGACCCCUUGGAUAGGCAGGUGUCCUACACCUGUACUGCAGCUAACGCUGUCAGUCGGGAAUCAGCUACCAUCGCACCCUGGGAACACUGCCAGAGGGAAGCAGGUUCGGAAGAUGCUGUGUACGACUAUAGGAACAUCCUGCUCAUUGCUGUGCCCCUCUCUGUCCUGGUUCUGGCAGUGGCUGUCUUCGGGCUCCUUCUCUCUUGGAAGUGCUCAGGGAAGCAAAGAACAAAACCGCUGUUCGAUGCCUCAGAGCCUGACGCAGCCUCUAUCUAGGAAUUGACGCUGUGUGCAGAGCAGAGGAGACUCUUUCUGCAAGAGCAGCCCUCCUUUCUCUUUGUUGCUGGCGAGGCAGAAAACUCAUAAGGUUUGCUUGACCCACAUUCUCUUUUCUUCUGGAGAACGUCUGAGGGGGCUGGCAGCUUCCAUUGCCCCGGUGACAGCUGGGUGACUGUGAGAGUCACUGUGGGUCAGGAUCCCAGCACAGACUUGCUUUCGGCCACAGAAGCAUUAACCAGCUCUCAGAGCACUCGCUCACCCUUUGAACUGUUUCUCUUCCAGACCCCCACCUUCAAAAACAUGCAGACAUUUUUACUGAAUUUGCUUGUUUCUGUCUACAAUUUUCAUCAGCAUUACUGAAUAGACCUGAAUAGUUCUCAGCUCAACAGCAUCCUCCGGGGAACUCAGACCUCACCAGGAAACCCAUUCGAAGGCCUGAUCUUCACUGCAAAAAAAGGAAAAAGGGAUGUCCUUACCUGGAGUUUGCUGACUCGAGGUGACUGGCUCAAGGUGUAACUGUAGAGAAGGCAAGGCAAUUUGUCAUUUCACACACGGUGGCCAGUUGAGCUAACCCUUGGCCCUCCCAUAGUCUUUAACUAACCAGCUAACUUGGGUGAAGAUGCCAAACUGCCGUGACUUGAUGAGGGUUUUACCUCUAGUUCCUACAUUCAUAGAUUCUAAGGUCAAAAGGGACCACGGAGAACAUGUCACCUGUCCUCCAGGAUAACACAGGCCAAAGAACUGCCCCCAAAAUGAUUCCGGCUUGAACUAGAAAAUAUCUAUCAAGUUAAGAGCACUUUUUUCCCAGUGAAAACAAGCUCAGCUGAGUGCAUGUUGGGUGCUGAGCAUUCUUGAGUAUCUGGCCCUUAUUUAGGUGUCUAACUGGGAAUGCUUUUAUGAAAAUGUGGGUCCAGCUGUAGCUGCAGAGUCCAUGGCAAUCUGGCCCUCACUCCACCUAUACAGGUACCUGUUACCAUUCUCAAGACUUUCAAAAGAGAGGUUUAUCUGAGUAUAAAGUACAAAUUAUCUUCAGCAUGUUCAGAAACUGCUUGGAAGUUCA